CGCAUCAUAUAUAGGAGUGAACACUUUGCGAAGCUUCUUCUUCUUCGUCUUCUCCUCCUCUUACAUUAGUAAAUUGAUUCAAGUGAGAAAAGCGCAUUUUCUCGGAUCUCAGAUCCCAACACCAUUGUUUUAUUCUUCUGUAUAAUUUUUGAUCUAAGAGAUUCGAAUAGGUUGAGCUCUCUGGGAUCAUAAUAAUGGCGAGAAGGCAAGCAGGUUCAACACGGCGUGUAGGAGAAGGUGGAAGCUUCCCUUUUGCUGGAGGAGCUUCCCACUCCAAGUCUCGUUCUUCUCCUCUUUUGUCUAUUUGCCUUCUUCUUCUUGGGGCUUGCCUUCUCAUUUGGUAUGCUUACAGUGGUCCAGGAAUCUUUAAAAGUGUCAAAGAAGUCAGCAAAGUUUCAGCAGGUGACUACUCAUGCACAUCACAAGUCCAAAGAGCCGUUUCUCUUCUUAAGAAGGCCUAUGGAGAUGGGAUGCGCAAGGUGUUGCACGUAGGCCCUGAGACUUGCUCUGUCGUUUCCACUCUCUUGAAAGAGGAUGACACUGAAGCCUGGGGUGUCGAACCUUAUGACAUCGAGGAUGCUGAUUCUCACUGCAAGAGUCUUGUCAGCAAAGGCCUUGUCCGUGUCGCUGAUAUCAAGUUCCCUCUCCCCUACAGGCCGAAAUCUUUCUCUCUUGUGAUCGUCUCAGAUGCUCUCGAUUAUCUCUCCCCCAAGUACCUUAACAAGACCCUCCCUGAACUUGCUAGAGUUGCUUCAGAUGGUGUUGUUCUUUUUGCAGGUCUCCCUGGUCAGCAAAAGGCUAAAGUUGCUGAACUGUCUAAAUUCGGACGUCCCGCUAAAAUGCGUAGCGCAUCAUGGUGGAACCGAUUCUUCGUCCAGACAAGCUUAGAAGAAAACGAAGGACCAAACAAGAAGUUUGAACAAGCUGUUUCCAAAGGAUCAUACAAACCAGCCUGCCAAGUCUUCCACCUCAAGCCAUUACAUUAAUCAGCCACCACUGUUCCACACUAAACCAUAUUCACACGUAAGAAGAAAAACAAAAUAGCAUAAUCAAUAUUCUCCUUUGUAUUUUGUAACAAAGUUUUUGCCCUUUGUAUUCCCAUCAACACAAUUUUUCCCUAUUGAGUUUAAAUUCAUCAUUGUCACCAA